ACAUACGCAGCUUUGGGAGCAUAAUGCAUCUUGCUCAGCGCGCGCCCCCGACCCGCCACACCUUGAGAUAUCAUCAACGCGGACCGUGGGAAAACACACACGGAGCGGUCAGGCCGAUGGCUCUCGUCUUUUAGAACGGCUAAAGCUUCCUUAUCAUUCAUAGCAUCUAAUAUGUAUAUGCGGCCUCGAACACCCGCCGUUCCUGGCGAUCGAUACUGAUAUACUUGGCUCGCAAGUGUGUUGCUUCCAAUUCAUCAAGAUGAUGGAAGAAACAAAUUAGCUCGCACGGAUAGCAGCUUUGCGAAGGAGAGCGCUGCGUGCGAGCGGGCUCGCUUCUCCAGCAACAGCCGGACGUUGGCGCCCAUCCUCUUGCUGGUUUACUGAGCAAUUGGCAGAGCAUUUAACGAAGUACCACAUUAGUCGAAAUGGCUUCAAAGAUGGUCUUCAACGCGACGACAAGGAUUAUGUUUGUGCUCUUCACUGUGUUUGUGGCGAUCUCCACCUACGUGCUUAUCGUUACACAUCAUGUGAAACUGCCAACGGUCACCUACUCGACAAAUCCGGACCACCGGGCAAAGAUAGGCGCGGAGAUGCUGCACCAUUCCCUCCUGGAGGAUUUCUCAAAGUACGACGCGGACGGCGACUCACAUCUGUCGGUGCACGAAUUCGCGGCCAUGCUCAAGGACAACCAGGCCAAAGCCGUCAGCGCGCAGCAGCAGGCGGCCGAGACCCAGAAGCAGAUCCACACGGUGGUGGAGGCGGCGGCCAGGGCGGCGGCGGACGUCAAGGCCGGCAUCAUCCAGCCGGGGGCAACAGGCGGCGUCCAGGGGGGCGGCGCCGCCGACCUGGACACCCUGGAUGACGGCGAGUACGAUGACGUGGAAGAGUACGACCUGGUGGCGGUUACCGCCAACGACCCGGAUGAGGCCGACUACGAGGAGCCGGACGACGUGUGGACGUCUGGAUCCAGCAACUCCACAUCCAGCGACACCAAAACCGGCGGCGGCGCAGCCGCAACCGACGCCGCUAAAGCCGCGGGGGACCAGCAGGAGACCACCCGCCAGGCCGGCGGCGCGGACGAUGUGUUGGGGCGCGACGCCGACGGCAAGUCGGACAAGGAAGCGGCGGCGGCGGCGGGGGAUGAUGCGGCGCUGGACACCACAGCCACCACGGGGGCCGCGGUGGCGGAGGCGGCAGCCAACGCACUGGCGACGGUCAAGGCCGGCGCCACCGGCUGCCCCGAGCUGUCUCGCGAGCUUGUGGCGGACUUUGCUCGCGACAACACCAUCAUGCUCACCGUGGCGGACUGGCGCAUCUUCGGGUCCAUGGGUGAGGACGCGGGGGUGGGGUACGGCGACUCGCACUACAACGCCGCCACAUGGCGCAAGGUGGUCGUGGUGAGCCGCAUCGUGCACUGGGGUUUCAAUGUCAUCCACAGCGACGUGGACGUGGUCUGGUUCAGGGACCCUCUGCCGUACUUCUUGGGCCCCGCAGUGAACAAUGUGGACAUGGCCGUGUCGAGUGACCUGAUCAGCACGGGCAACCCCAAGGGUGACGAGGGGCUGGAGGUGGGCAUGCACCAGCACACCAACUUCAACACCGGCGUCUACUUCGUGCGGGCUACGCCGGGCGGCAAGUCGCUGAUGGCGGGCUGGUCGUCCAUGCGCUCCACCAACUUCCACGACAACGACCAGGUGGGCAUCUACAAGUUCAUCCGCGGCCGGCCCGCGCGCAGUGACGGCCGUGUGCUGGUGCUGGGGGUGCUGGCGGGCGAGGCGGAGGCGGCGGGGCGGUACGCAGCGGACCCGGAGGCCUUCACACGCAAGACCGUCAGCGACCCGCUGCCGGUGUCCACCGAGAUGCGGCUGGGCGGGCUGGGCGUGCACAUGCUGCUCAACGGAUACAGCUACUUCAUCCCCAAGCUGCAGCAGCAGAUGAACGUGUCCUCCCUGGGCGUCCACAUGACCUGGGUGCCGCUCAGCAAGGAAGGCAAGUUCCACCGCUUCCGUGACGGCAUGUUGUACGACGACCCCCCGGAGUACUACGAUGCCCCCGAACGCUAUUACCUCACUGCCGACAUCGAGGCGCCGGCCGCGCCCGAGGGCUUCAACACGUGGCGGGAGACCGAGGACAUGAUCCAGGUGCACCUCAAGAACAUGCCGCCCCAGCUUCAACAGAUGUAUCGCGCAAUGGCGGUGGCGAUGGUGCUGAACCGCACCCUCAUCUUCCCCACCCUCAAGUGCUACUGCUUUAAGAACUGGUUCAUGUCGGAGCAGUGCCGCAUCCCCGGAGACAAGGUCACGCAGUUCCCGCUCGAGUGCGCGCUGGACCAGGUGUUCCGCCCCAAGGUGCUGUACAACUACCCACCCCUCAACACGUCGCAGGGGCCUCAGAACUUCACGUUCCGCGAGUACAGCAUGCUCGACAAUCCGCGCACACCCGCGGCCGUCAAGACCGGCCAGGUGCUGGUAGUACCCGAGGGCGAGGCGCCCGGGAAUACCACCGGCUUUGUGCAGGUCCUGUCCAUCAAGCCCAACCUGAAGCAGGAUGAGCUGGCCAAGGCGCUGGAGCCCAUCCACGAUGCCAAGGUGAUUCGGCUGCGCCACGUCAUGAAGUUGUUUGGCGGCUUCGACGACCAGGUGCUAAAAGCGUCAUUUGAGGCGUUUGCGAACGCGGUGACGGCCAACUGGUGCUGCCGCGACGAGCCGUACAUCAAGAAGGGGCUGCAGCGCAAGGUCAAGAUGGUCAUGGCCUGGUAGAGGCCGAGGCCGAGGUAGAGGCCGAGGUAGCUGCAGUGUUCAAGGUAGCAGUAGAAGUUGAGGAAGGCAUAGCGGUGGCGGUCAGUCGGGAGCCACUUCGACUGGCGGGUGGUGCAUGCACUGGCAUGCUUAUGGACACGGUUGGGAGAUUGGAAUUGGGUCCAUGGGACUGAGACAGGCAGAUGAGAGUAAAUGUGCCGUUGCCGCGUGUGGCUGUCAGCCGCAUGGCAGGCGGCAACUGGAGGGCAGCCGCAGCAGGAGUGACAUUGAGCGCGGGCAUUAUUUUGCAACGCCCGAGGUUCGAAUACCGGUAGCAUCAUACCUGUUUUGUACAGCGCUGUUGAUCCAUUAAGCUGCUAGGUUCAAUAUUUUGCUGUUUCCGGGAGCUGCAUGGAACACUCGGGCUGUGAGGCAAGUUCUACCCAUGUGAUGAACAAGAUGACCAGGGCAGGCAGCGCUAGCCAUGGGUCAGCAGCUUGGGUAGUAGCAGUUGCAUGAGUGCGCCUUUGGCGAGCAAGGUUUAGGUGACCCGUCUGGAGGGACACGGGCUGGCGAAAGUACCUAUGCUUGCGACAAUACGUCGGGCGUCUGAGCAUGCAAGUACACGAAGACCAUUUAAUGCUGACGAGGCUCAACAUGGAUCCCUGGCAGGAGUAGCUAUGGUAACUGCGGGUGGCUUUGGGCGUGUGAUGGGGCAGGGUUUAGGCAAGUUGGCGAGGUCGCGGGGUGGCUUUGGGCAGCUUUGGGCAAGUUGGCGGGGUGGCUUUGGGUAGCUUUGGGCGUGCAACUUAGUAUCUUACGCCCUCUCCUGUGCACCGUAAUAUUGCCGACUGCGCGUGAUGCUGCGCUCGGCAAUGACUCUGAAGGACGAUACAUGGCAAUUCGCAUAGAUGUAAUCAGGCCAGGGG